AUGCAGACAUUAAAUUCGUUAGAUAAUAUUGCGUAUAUUUUUAAAUACGGAGCUUUUGCUGCAGCAAAUAUUUAUCAUGCCUAUAUCUUCGGAGUGCCGGCUCAAAAUUUAAUAAAUCAGAGUAAAGAUGUUGGAUUCAAUAUGUAUGAGAGUAUUUGGUAUGAAUUGCCAAUUGAAGCAAGAAAAUUGGUUCCCAUGAUACUACUACAAACUUGUAGACCCUGUAAAUUGAGUAUUGGAAAAAUGGCCACAAUGAAUAUGGAAAGUGUAUCGAAAAUUCUAAAAAUGGCGCUCUCGUACUUUACGAUGUUGUCAUCAAUUCGUCAAACGUCAAGAACAUAAGUUGAAAAUAAAUUUUUGAUAAACGGAUAUU